AUGGUAACUUUAUUGAAAAAGAGAAAGAUACUUAUCGUGUUUGCUUCUGCUUUCAUGUUGAUCAUAUUGCCAAAGUUACUUCAUCUUCAAGGGUCUGAAGUAAAGCAAAUCGCGCAGCACAAGAGUCCUGGAUCGUUUGGAGAAUUACGUCGUAGAGAGAUAGACCUCAAUGUAACUCCAACAGCUUCAUCAGAACAAAGUAGUCCACAUCGCCCUGAAUCGCCAAAUGGAAGAAGCCAAGGCGGUCAGUAUGAAGAUGUGCAAUCCAAUGGCAGACAGUGUCAUCGAAAAGACACAGAAAGCUAUUCUUCUCCGACCAAGAAGCCAGUCAAAAAGCAAUAUGAGAGUAGAAAACUUUCAUUAAAACGGUUUCAAUUUAAAUUUUCACUUAAGGGACAAGAACUAGCAAAAGAUUUACCGCCUGAAGAAAAGGUCAAAUAUGAUGAGCAUUUAGAGAGAAUACGUCAAAAACGCAGAUUUUACAAAAGUAGAAAUUUAAAAAAGAUGAAAACUUUAGUCGAACAAAAUGAUCCGAUUGGGUUGAGACGUAAUCAGCUAUACAGAGAAAGCGCUCGAAGAGCAUACCGCAAAUAUAGCCAGAAAAAGAGAGCGAAAAAAUGCAAGCAAGGCAAUGCAUCAUCAGACAACUUGCCACAGCCAGGAACAUUUAUGAAACGUGGAGAAAUACAAGGCAAUGGGAAUGAUCAGCAAAUGAACACGCAGGCUCCUGCACAGCAGCCCUUCACAAGGGAUGAGCAGGCAGUGAGUCAUUGCGGCGGGGAAAAGAAGAAAUAUAGAGAUAAAUUCAGUCUUGUAGGACAAGAGCAAGCAAAAGGAUUGAACGAAGAAGCAAGAAAGGUGUAUAACGAACAAUUGAUUAAACAUCAUGCACGGGAAAGGAAAGGAAGAAAACUUUAUCGUAAAAAGAUCAAAUUUUUAGUUUCACAAAAUGAUCCGAAAGCAAUUGAAAGUUAUCGAAAAAGUUUACAAACGAAUUAUGCCUCAGUCGUUCGACAUAGGGAAAGAAAAAAGAUCGAGAAAGCCAGCAUGAUAGCAACAAAACCUGGAAAACCUUCAAUGAAGAGGCGAAAGAAGACCAUCGUGCCGGAUCUGAAUAAGUCACCACCUCCAGAUCUGGAUGCAAAUUAA